GGGCAGCCAGCAGCUGUGAGCAGCAGCCUCUCUCCGUCCCGGAACUCUGCAGCCACAGGCGGCUCUAAUUAUUUUACCAUCGGGGUUCGGUCCAACAUGGCGGAUUACGGAUGGAAAUACUGAUGACAGUCCGAAAGAUCGCCUCGAUUUGUACGAUGGGCGCCAAUGCCUCUGCCUUGGAAAAGGAGAUUGGACCGGAACAGUUUCCUGUAAAUGAACACUACUUUGGAUUGGUCAAUUUUGGGAACACCUGCUACUGUAACUCAGUGCUGCAGGCUCUGUAUUUCUGUCGACCAUUCAGGGAGAAGGUGUUGGCAUACAAGGUGCAGCCUCGGAGGAAGGAGUCUCUCCUCACUUGCUUGGCCGAUCUGUUCAACAGCAUCGCCACGCAGAAGAAGAAAGUCGGAGUCAUCCCGCCCAAGAAGUUCAUCUCGCGGCUGAGAAAGGAAAACGAGCUGUUUGACAACUACAUGCAGCAGGACGCCCACGAGUUCCUCAACUACCUCCUCAACACCAUCGCCGACCUUCUCCAGGAGGAGAAGAGCCAGGAGCGACAGCAGAACGGGAAACUCGUGCAGAACGGGAGCGGYGGAGGAGGCGAGGGAGGAGGAGGAGGAGGAGAGGGCGAAGGAGGGAAGGAGACGCAGCAGACCUGGGUUCACGAGAUCUUCCAAGGAACACUGACCAAUGAGACGCGAUGCCUCAACUGUGAAGCUGUGAGCAGUAAGGAUGAGGACUUCCUGGAUCUGUCAGUGGAUGUAGAGCAGAACACAUCAAUCACACACUGUCUCAGGGGUUUCAGCAACACAGAGACUUUAUGCAGUGAACACAAGUAUUACUGUGAGCAGUGUCGCAGUAAACAGGAAGCCCAGAAAAGGAUGAGGGUAAAGAAGCUGCCCAUGAUCCUUGCUCUCCACCUGAAGCGCUUUAAAUACAUGGACCAGCUGCACCGCUACACCAAACUGUCCUAUCGCGUCGUCUUCCCCCUGGAGCUCCGCCUCUUCAACACGUCGGGGGACGCCACCAACCCCGACCGCAUGUAUGACCUGGUGGCUGUCGUCGUUCACUGUGGCAGCGGUCCAAACCGCGGACACUACAUCACCAUCGUGAAGAGCCAUGGCUUCUGGCUGCUGUUUGAUGAUGACAUUGUAGAGAAAAUCGAUGCGCAGGCGAUCGAGGAGUUCUACGGUCUGACGUCAGACAUUUCCAAGAACUCGGAGUCAGGAUACAUCUUGUUCUACCAGUCGAGAGACUGAAGCAGCCAGCGAUGAAUCCCCAAUAGACUGUCCACCCAACAGAGUGGGGAGGGGGGGAGCCACCGGCUGAGUCCACUACGUCCAGGCUUUAUACCUCGUAGGUGGAGAUUCGCGCCGGAGCGCCAUUCAGCCGAGUAUAGUAGGACAUGCGCAGGUUGCAUGUCAGCCUCCUGGUUUUCCAAAUCCUCCAAAGUCCACACUGCAACAAGCACCUUAAUGUAGAAAACUGAUCCGUUCUGUAACACUUGCUUUGCACUGUGGCAUCAUUAACUCCGGUCCAAGAGGCUGACAUCACCGUGCGCAUGGUGUUGAAGGUAGAGUCCGGUUGGGACAGUCAGCAGUGAAAGCUGAGGCACGUAGUCAGCUUGUGUCGGAAGAUCUCAGUGUCAUGGGUGCAACUGGUGUCUUCUUUAGCAUUUUCUUCACUCAUACCAAACUAAAUUAAAUGUUUCCUGCAAGGGGCUACAGCAAUGGUCAAAUGUUUUUUUUUUUUGUUGUUGCUAUGAUCCAUUUAUGUAUUCACCUUCUAAAAAUUCCUUGAGAUUGAAGAAACUGGAGCUGGCCAGUGUACCAGUUCAUAAUGAAAACCGUUUUUUAUUUUUCAUUUUUGCUAUUAGAUUUUUUUGUAUUUCCACAAACCAGUUUAGCCUGAGCAACAAUAAACUGUUUCACAAGGAACUUCAUUAGAAUUGGAAUUGUAGGUAGGGCUUUGGAAGAGGGCGUUGAUACUUUAGCCCCUCCCACUGCUGAUAAUAGUUAAACAACUUAUGGCGAGGGAGGGGAGAUCAUAACAGCUACUGAAGCUGUAAAAUCUCUAUCCACCUCCUCUAGCCAGGCCUGGUGCAAUUUAUUCUCCGUGUCUUCCUCUGGCUUCAUAAAAUUGCAGUCCAUACUCUGUGCUAGAUCUGAAGCAAAAUUUUGCCAAGACCUGACGUCUGCCCCAACGCUAAUUCUGAUUGGCUAGUGGGCCUGUAGCAAAAGCUGCACCACAUCUAGAGGAAUGUUGGUUAAAUUUCAGCAAACCCCAAAAUUGGCACGGUUAUGCAUAAGUGAGGCAUAGCAAAACUGAAAAGGAGCGUCACAAAGUACUUCGGCUUUAAAAGCUCGGUGCUAAAAAAAACGAUGGUAUUUUGCUAACUCUGUGCAGUUAAAGUUGUCGCUGCAGACAGGAACACGAACAAGUGGCUCCACUUCAGCCACAAACAUGUAUUGAAAUACCAAGACUGUUUAGAAUUCWAAUAGGCAACCUCCACAUCUAAAACCAGAACUCCAGGAGGAACCAUGAGUCAAAUGUCCACUGCAUUUGAUAGAGAGUUUCCCUACGAUAACACAAGCAGAGGGUAAAAUAACAAAAAUCACUUUUCGUAAAGCUUCUGAGCCACUUAACUGCAAURUUUUCCCUCUCAGUCAGAAACACACAGGUAUGCAUGAAAAGAAAAAUACUGUCAAAUAUUGUGAUACUGGUAUAAUUUUUAAAAAUACCAUUAUACAUUUUUGAUCAUAGCACUAGAAGAAACUUUAGCAGCACCUUUAACCACAGAACCACUGAUGUCACCUGAAAGGUUUGAAUGUGAACACCGAGGCGUGAAAUAAGGCAGUUUGUUGGGUGUUUACUCUUUGGGUUAGCGUUGGUAAUACAUAUUAAAAUCAACAUAAARUGAAGUGCAGAGGGCCGUUACUGAAUCUGAUAAGCUGAGUUUCAAACUGAUGAAUACCACUCAGUAUUUAUAAUAAAAUAAAAUAAUUUAUCUUCUUUAGAUUAAAUAUUUUUAAAAAGUGAAGGAAACUGACCAAAAAGUACAGUUUGUAGUAUUUAUAAGUGAACCUGUCAGGGUUUUUAUCAGGUGGUUUUAGUGAUUUUCUGUUUGCAUUGUUUUAAGAUUGUGUUUGAUCACCAAAAAUAACUGAAUUUUUUUGAAUGACUUACUUUUAUUAGUUGUUUAUACAAACGGGGAAGGACAAGCUUUAGAACAAGAACCUACAAAAUGUUUUUAAAAAAUGUUGUGCCGUUAAGAGCUAUGUUUGGUACCAGAGUACGAAAAACUUAAGAAAAA